CGGUUGGCCCGGCCGGGGAGGCGGCUGCACGUGCGGCGGGGGCGAUGCGUCACUGAUCGGUGAGAGGCGGCGGAGGGCUCGGCCUCCGUCCGGAGUCUGCGGCUGGCCCGUUUCUCAGAGGAACAAGGAUGAAUAUGACUCAGGCCCGGGUUCUGGUGGCUGGAGUGGUGGGUCUGGUGGUUCUCCUCCUCUACGCCUCCAUUCACAAGAUCGAAGAAGGACACCUGGCCGUGUACUACAGGGGAGGAGCUUUACUAACUAGCCCCAGUGGACCAGGCUAUCAUAUCAUGUUGCCUUUCAUUACUACGUUCAGAUCUGUGCAGACAACACUGCAAACUGAUGAAGUUAAAAAUGUGCCUUGUGGAACAAGUGGUGGGGUCAUGAUCUAUAUUGACCGAAUAGAAGUGGUUAAUAUGUUGGCCCCUUGUGCAGUGUUUGAUAUUGUGAGGAACUACACUGCAGAUUAUGACAAGACCUUAAUCUUCAAUAAAAUCCAUCACGAACUGAACCAGUUUUGCAGUGCCCACACGCUUCAAGAAGUUUACAUUGAAUUGUUUGAUCAAAUAGAUGAAAACCUGAAGCAAGCUCUGCAGAAAGAUUUAAACAUCAUGGCCCCAGGCCUCACCAUACAGGCUGUGCGUGUUACAAAACCCAAAAUCCCAGAAGCCAUAAGAAGAAAUUUUGAGUUAAUGGAGGCUGAGAAGACAAAACUUCUUAUAGCUGCACAGAAACAAAAGGUUGUGGAGAAAGAAGCUGAGACAGAGAGGAAAAAGGCUGUUAUAGAAGCAGAGAAGAUUGCACAGGUGGCAAAAAUUCGAUUUCAGCAGAAGGUGAUGGAGAAGGAAACUGAAAAACGCAUUUCUGAAAUUGAAGAUGCUGCAUUUCUGGCCCGAGAGAAGGCGAAAGCAGAUGCUGAGUAUUACACCGCACACAAGUAUGCCACCUCAAACAAGCACAAAUUGACCCCGGAAUAUCUGGAGCUCAAAAGGUACCAGGCCAUUGCUUCUAACAGUAAGAUCUACUUUGGCAGCAACAUCCCUAGCAUGUUCGUGGACUCCUCUUGUGCUUUGAAAUAUUCAGAUGUUAGGACUGGAAGAAAAAGCUCGCUCCCCUCUGAGGAGGCUCUUGAACCCUCUGGAGAGAACCCCAUCCAAAACAAGGAGAGCACAGGUUGAUGCAAGAGGUGGAAAUGUUCUCCUGAAUCAAGAUGUGGCCCAAGGGGUUAAGUGGGAACAAUGGUUAUAAGACUCUUCAGAUUUACAGAGAACUCAAGCUCCCUCUGUUCUGCCUCUCCUGUGGUAGUCCUGGUUUAUCAGCUGACUGCAGGGUAGAGCCAGCUGUCUGGCACCCAAAAUGGUCUUUUCAGCCACAGUUUUAUCAAGUAUCCUGUUGUGUUCCUUUCUAAACUGGUACUCAUGAAUGAGGGAAACUCUGAUGCUAAGAUACUGCCUGCACUGGAAUGUUAAACACUAAGUAUAUGACAAGCUGUGUUUUUCUAAGCUGAGAUCUGUUGAAUAAUGUUUACAUUGGUCCCCGGGGAAGUGUGUGCUCAGCCAUUCAAGAGAUAGGAGGCCAGAGAGAAGAUGGCCACGAUGUGGUAAGUGUAAAGAAGACUGAUCGUGCCGGGACCCAGACUCUCUCUUUGGGGUCCAGGCCCAGCAUUCAUCCAUGUGAUUAGCAUCUAGUCUGCUGAAGUUCCCCAGGAAAUGAUCUUCCACUUGAGCAACCAUUUGCUUAAUAUGAUUUGCACCUUUUUGUUUUUCUACAGUCAAGAUGGUGGCCUGCUGGGAUGUGCCACCCAAUCAGAGAUUCCUCAUAGAGAUGCCUAAUCAUUAGUUUAUUACAUUAGUAGGCUCAAAGAUAGAGCUUGGUUUGAAGUUUGGGGUGAGAUGAAACCUUUGUGUUGAACCGAAGCUCUGGGGCCCUGUGUUCCCCUCCAUUGGGUGAUGACUGUCUGUGUCACUGCCCUGGGCCAUGUGUGACUAAGGUGCCUGGUUUUUAGCCACAGACAGCUCUAUAUGUCAACUCACAGCUCUGGCCAAGAGUGGAACAGGGCUUUAACCAGAAAGAGGAGCAGUGUCCAUUUCCUCCACUGCACAGUAUUAUAACUGCAGGAAGUUUUUAUUUGUAAAACUGGAUUUGGGGUACAUUCAUUUGCCCCGAUACCUCUGCCUAAAGGUUAAAUCCUGGGGCUGCCAUGGUUACUAGCACACUGACUCUCCUUCUCAAUAUUGGUCAUCAGGAGCCCACAUAGUGUGGAGCAAAGAGUGACCUAGAAAGCAUCCUUGGUCAUCUUUGUCUCCUUCCCUUCUGGCCCUGAGAUGCUGACAUCAAAGCUGUUCCCCAGCUUUCACCUAAUCUAGGAGAUCAGUAUUAUUCCACUGACUUUCUGGGCAGCCAAUAGAUUUAAUCUUCCUUGAGAGAAAGACAGUUAGCCUGUGGCGUUGGGAGAUCUGUUUCAUCUGGACCUUUUUUUCCUUAAGAUUAAUUUUCCUGAAUCAGUGUGCCCUGUAGUUAGGCCUGAGUUUAUGCAGUUUGUUAAGACCCCUUUUGUGUACACUAUGUUCAAGUCAGACAGAAAAUUCAUGGGACCACUUCCAGAAACUUUUCAGCUAACUGUCAGUCUCAUGACAGCUUGUAGGUUGUGCCAAACACUUUCUAUGGAAAAUGAAUCCGAUUUGAGGUCUUUUCCCUGGGCCUUAUCCUAUAAAGGCGUUUGUAAUAUGGAAAGAAUCUUUAUUUUGUUUUGUUUCUGCUCAUUUAAUUAUACGUGUUUUCUUUAUGAAUGAAUUUUGUGUUCUAGCCCUCUUUAAAAGAACUUUUGAACUAUAAAAUAAACUCUUCACCUGUCAUACGUUGUUGCUGCAUAUAAAUAAUGAUUGUUGUGGGAAAUCUGGAUCGUUGACCUUUGUAUUUUCAUUCCUAGAGAUGUUUCCUAUUCCCGUGAGCUAAAAGCUGUUGCCCCAAAGUGAUGGCUGUGGGUUUCUUACAAGCCACAAGCCCUUGUGGCAGAGUUGAGGAACAGGGAAAUAGCGCUGUGAAGUUUGCAAGAAAGGACUUCCGCUUAAACUCUCGUGGAGUGUGCUUCCCUGUGCUCGCUGGAGCUCUCAGUCUGUCCCUCCUUCAGGGAUGUUCCUUUUGGUAAUCUUGAAGUCUAAAUUUGUAUGUGAAAUGCUACCUUUUUUUAAAAGAAACUAAAUAAAAUUAUUUUACUAUCA